AUGGCCGGCGACACUGGCACUCAGAUCCGGGACGAGGCCGCGGCGGCGACGGAAGAAGUCAACGCGGCCCUCCAGAACUUCGUGACGAACCCCGGACCGUCCGGGGGCGACUUGGACAAGGCCCAACGGCGUCGCAUCAUCGACGCGGCGAACAAGCUCAUCAACGCCGUAAAGGAUCCCGCUGAUGAGUGGUUCGAUGCCACGGCGCAGGUCGCGCAGCUGGGCGCGAAUCGGCUCUUUUGGGAGUGGAAGGUUUAUGAUCAUAUCCCAUCCGAAGGCAGUAUCUCCUAUGGCGACUUGGCCAAGAAAGUCGAUGCCGAGGUGUCUCUGAUACGACGAACUGGUGGUGUUCUGACGUCGAUGGGUAUCCUGCAACAAGUCGGCGACGACUCGGUCGCGCACACCAAGCGCUCUCGCAUCUACAUUGACGGUCACCCGGCGGGUCAGAUCGUCGGCAUGGCAUGGGAGAACGGCCUGGUACCAUACAUCCACAUGCCAGCCUACUUUGAAAAGUACGGCCGCAAGGAACCGCAGACGCUCAACAACGUGCCCGGCACGUACGCGUACGGCGUGCCAGAGUACGGCUGGUACGAGAUGCUCCAGCACGACCCGCCGAGGAUGCAGCGGUUCCUGCGCGCGAUGGGGCCGAUUGAGGAGAAGAUGCCCAUCGCGGGCAUCUACGACUUUGGGUGGGUGGUCAAGUACGCGCAGGAAAACGCCUCGGACGGCCGGCCGCUCUUUGUCGACGUCGGCGCGGGCCGGGGCCAGUCCAUCAAGGCCAUCCACCGCGAGAACCCCGGGCUUCCGCUGGAAAGAUGCGUGUUGCAGGAUCGUGCAGAGGUGGUUGAGGCUGUGCGGAACCUUGAUGACGAGGAUAUGAGGCUGGUUCAGAAGCAGGUUAUUGAUUUCCACAAGGAGCAACCCGUUAAAGGUGCCCUGACGUACUGGAUCCGCCGGUGUCUACACAACUACGGCGACGAUCUGGGCGUCGGCAUGUUGCGCAUCAUCGCCGAGGCGAUGGCCGAGGACAGCCGGCUUCUGAUCCAGGAGGACGUUAUGGGAAAUCCGCCGCACUACACCUCCACGAUGCUCGACUUCAUGAUGCUCACAUUUGGCGGAAAGCAGCGGUCACUCGAAUGCUGGACUGAUAUCCUCGGGAGGGCGGGCCUUGAGAUCAAGAGCGUGUCCAAGGGCCAGGGACCGUGGCGACACCUUGCCGUGAUUGAGUGCGUCAAGGUCAAGAGGUGA